GGCCCAAGAUGGCGGCGGCGGCGAGCCCGGCUUCCGCCCUCACCCGUCAUGGCGGCGCGGCGGCGCCCUGCGCAUGUGCGGGGCUCCAUGGCGAGACAAGGGGCCGAGCGCGCGCAGGGCGGCCCGGCGCGGCGAGGGCUGUGAAGGCCGGAGGCUCCUCUGCGACUGAUGCCCGUGGGCGCGGAGCGAUGAAGGGGCAGCAGAAAGCAGCCGAGACGGAAGAGGGAACGGUGCAAAUCCAGGAAGGUGCAGUGGCCACAGGUGAGGAUCCCACCAGCGUGGCUAUUGCCAGCAUCCAGUCGGCGGCCACCUUCCCCGACCCCAACAUCAAGUAUGUCUUCCGCACAGAGAACGGCGGGACGCAGGUGAUGUACAGGGUGAUCCAAGUGGCGGACGGGCAGCUGGACGGACAGACGGAGGGCACCAGCGCCAUCAGCGGCUACCCCGCCGCCCAGUCCAUGACACAGGCCGUCAUCCAGGGCGCCUUCACCAGCGAGGAUGCGGUGGAGACGGAGGCCACGGCCACCGAGACUCACUACACCUAUUUCCCCACCACGGCCGUGGCCGACACCAGCACCUCCGCCGGCGCGGGGACCACCGCCACCGCCGUCGUCACCACGCAGAACUCGGAGGCCUUGCUGGGGCAGCCCACCCCCACGGGCCAGUUCUUCGUGAUGAUGUCGCCCCAGGAGGUGCUGCAGGGCGGAACGCAGAGGUCCAUCGUCCCCCGCGCCCACCCCUACUCCCCGAAGUCGGAGGCGCCGAGGGCCACCCGGGACGAGAAGCGCCCGCAGCACAACGAAGUGGAGCGCCGGCGCAGGGACAAGAUCAACAACUGGAUCGUGCAGCUCUCCAAGAUCAUCCCCGACUGCUCCAUGGAGAACACCAAGUCGGGGCAGAGCAAAGGCGGGAUCCUCUCCAAAGCCUGCGACUACAUCCAGGAGCUGCGGCAGAGCAACCACCGCCUCUCCGAGGAGCUGCAGGGCCUCGACCAGCUCCAGAUGGACAACGAGGUCUUGCGGCAGCAGGUGGAGGAUCUGAAGAACAAGAACCUGAUCCUGCGGGCGCAGCUGCGCCAGCACGGCGUGGAGAUCGUCAUCAAGAACGACAGCCACUGACGGGGACGGCGGGGACGGGGACCCCGCGGUGGGAUUCGGGGGGGGGGGGGUGGGAGGGGGGGGUUGUGUUUGGGAGUUGA